CUUUGUACUUUCAGUUUAGGUUGGUUUACCAACGGAGGCACAAUGGCAAAAUUCGCGCAUUUCGUUCAAGUAAUUUUAGCAAAUAUAAUAGGAUAUUUUAUUGCAACUCUUCUUUUGUGUAGAACUUUUUUGUUGUUUUUACGUUCACCAAUAAAAUUUGUAAAGGGAACAUUUUUUAAUAAAAGAAAGGUUAUGCCAACAUGUUUGAACGAUCCUAGCCUUGGAAAUCAUGGAUUUAUCCACUUAGAGGAGGUGAAGUUGCACUAUAUAGCAUGUGGAGAUGAAAGUAAGCCUCUAAUGUUAUGUCUGCAUGGGUUUCCAGAGUUUUGGUACUCAUGGCGGUACCAAAUCAGAGAAUUCAGUAAAGAUUACAGGGUAGUAGCUAUAGACCAGCGAGGGUAUGGCGACUCGGAUAAACCGUCCGGAUAUCAAAAUUAUUCAUAUGAUCAUCUUACUAAAGACAUUCAACAACUUAUACCAGCACUAGGUUAUACAAGUUGUACAUUACUGUCACAUGACUGGGGUGGCGCUGUUGCCUGGCAAUUUGUAAGCCGGUAUCCAGAGCUUGUUGAUAAACUUGUCGUCUGCAACUGUCCUCAUCCAGCAACCUUUCAGAAAUAUAUACGAACACAUUGGUCACAAAUUAAGAAAUCAUGGUAUAUGUACUUAUUUCAAGUGCCUUGGGUCCCAGAGUUUAUAAUCAGAUCAAACGAUUUGUCGUUCUAUGAGAGGGUGUUUAAAAGUUUUAAAAACAACAAGCCCUCAGAUGAAGAUAUAGAGGCGUACAAGUACACAUUUGCACGGAAAGGUGCACUCACCGGUCCAGUAAAUUAUUACCGAGCAGCAUUCAAUUUAUCCAGGCAAAGGCAACAGUGUAAGACCAAAAUCAAUGUACCAACAUUGGUCAUUUGGGGCGACCCCGAUCAAGCCCUGAAUACAGAGUUAGCGGAACUUGCUGGGGAGUAUGUUACUAACCUAGAGGUCAAGGUCAUUCGAAAUAGCAACCAUUUUGUCAUGAUAGAUAAACCUGAAGAAUGUAAUGCAGCAAUAAGAGAAUUUUUGCAGGGAAAACAAUAAGUUAUUGUUAUUUUGUUAACAUUUUUUUAUAAAACUUAGAUUUUCUAUUUUUUGUAAUGGUUUUAUAAUUUUUCCAUUUAAUAGUUUUCUGCUGUCUGUUUUACAGAGUUGAACAUCUUAUUGACACUAUUAGAAUUAAAUGUUUUUUUUUUUUUCAUUUAAGUUUUGUUAAAAUUUAUUUCUUUUAUUUGAUUUUCUUUGAAACUUUUAAGACAUACAAAAUGUACAUUGUUUGUCAAACAAGGUGUUCAAUAAUUGUUUUUACUUAAGAAUACUUUUGAUACAUCAAUUUCACAAGAAAAUAUUUUUUGGAAAUUUAAUGGAACAAAAGGAUGCCAUAAUUAUUCUAUAAAAGUUAAAGGAUAAUUUUUAACAUUAAAGACAUUUAUAUUUUUGAUAGUUGAAGCUUCGGGAACAUUAUUAAUUUUGCAUAUAUUAUAUACAUUAUAAUAUAUUAUGCACAGUACAAAAAUAUGAUGUCAAAAAACCAAAUGACGUCAGGAAAAUUAAUUAUACACUUAACUUAGUUCAACAAAUUUUAUCAAUUCUCUUUUUAUUAGCAUUUUAGAAUGGAAAUAGAUAUGAAUUUUUUUCGUGCAUAAUAGUAUAAUAAUGCACAGUUUUUGUUCAAAUGCUUUGUAAUUAAUCAUUCAGGCCUAUCGGCCUUCUUGAUUAUCUUCUUAACUGGAACUCGAACCAUGCAUUAUUCUAUAAACUAUGCACUCACUUUUGUUAUCUAUUUCCUAAGGUAUAUCGCUGUGAAAUUAAAGAAAAAGUUCUGUUAGUACUGAGAUAUCAUUUACAAAUGGCGAGGUUAUAUUAAGUUGACAUGAAAUAAUGUUUAGUUAUAUUCAUCUUUAUAUCAUUUUAUCACUACCUCCAGUAAUGGUCCUAUUUCGGAAACAUGAAUCGUAAACUGUCUCUAUAGGGAAUGUUAUUAUAAUGGAAACAUGGCAUUAAAAUGAAAAAGGACACUUGUAAUAAUGUGUUUUACUCUAAUCUGUGUAUUGAUUUCUGGGGAUAGGGAGCCAUAAUAUUUUCAAAAUUCUAUCAUAUGUCAGUUGUAUUUUAGAGAAGUGUGUAUAGCAGAAAAAAAUACAUGUAAUGGGAAAUUCUAUCUUCUCAAAUAUCAAAUAAAUGAUAUUUUAUGGCUUUAGGAAGCUGCAUUUUAUACACAUUGUUUAGAAAA